UAAUAGUUCUAUUUCGGAACACACCUUCACCUUAAAUUUCACAAUGCUACUUUAUACAUAGAGAUGUCCGCUUAAGCAAGCCAGUUUUUACCUCAAUACGGCCACGGGACAAUGAUAAUGUUUACGAAAUAUGUGCGUGGGACAUAUUAAACUAUAUGGAUUAUUUAAAACUGUUGCAUCUAGUCGGAGGAUUCACACAUUUAAUAUGAGCUUCGAAAUGAAGGUUCCGCUGUCCAUAUCAUUGGUCAGCCUCCUCUGGCAGUGUGUCAUGGCUACCACAACAACAGAUGCAGUUCUGAGAGAUGAAUAUUGCUCGAGCGGGUAUUACACGUUCAACAGCGUUACACGUCGUGUGGACGAGGUCAAGUACUACAUCAGCUGUCCCUCUACCCAUCUUUGCUGUGGAAUGUUUGAAAAUCGACAUUGCUGCAUUUACCAAUCCUACAACUCAUAUGAUUACCCGUCCACUAACGCCAUAAUAUUUGGAAGCAUCGCCGGUGCGAUCAUGUUCUUAAGUUUUAUCGUAUGUGCUAUUGCAAAAUGGAGAAGACCAUUUCGGCCAGUAACAGAUCCACACACCUUACAAGCUCUUCAGGCUGUUACAGGUGGAAAUAUACCACGUACACCGUUUACAGGACUGAUAUUAUCUUCUAGUAACGGGAAUGUAAUUCAGACUUCAACCACCAACACACAGGAAGUCAGUUCGCCUACCACCGACACUCAGACUACAGAAAACACUGCAGCACCUCCUCCACGUUACGAGGACUGUAUUCAGAAUAAUCUAAUACUGCCUUCAGAAGAGGACAAACCUGACACACCAGUGACAAAUCAUACGGACACGAGAUUGGAGCAUGUCCCGACACAUGAAACUGGACACCACAUAAACACAAUAGACAGCGUAACAUGUCUUUGAUGUAAUCUAUAACUCUUAAUUUAUAAACAACUCUAUCACAUGACUACCAUAUUUACUAUUUAAUAAAGCCAUUUUCUACAUUUUC